UCUCAAAAAAGAAGUGGGAAGAGUGCCGCCCCGCAGGGUUGCAGCAGGGGCGUGAGGGCAGCCCGCGCACCGCGAGCGGGACGGGCCUGGGCAGUCUCUCCUUCAGUUUGCUGUCCGUGCCUACAUAAGCGUCUUAAAAUGCUGUUUGUAUGUUGUGUGUUUUCCAUUUUAGUAUAGGAGAAGUGAUGAUGGAGACCCAGCUGUCGUUGUGGAAAAGGACCACUUCAUGGAUGGUUUCUUCCGUCAGGUAGAGGAGAUCAGAGACAGCAUCGCUAAAAUCGCUCAGUAUGUUGAAGAGGUGAAGAAAAACCACAGCAUCAUUCUUUCUGCUCCCAACCCAGAAGGAAAAAUCAAAGAGGAGCUUGAAGACCUGAACAAAGAAAUCAAGAAAGCUGCUAAUAAAAUCCGAGCCAAGUUAAAGGCUAUCGAACAGAGCUGUGAUCAGGAGGAACGUGGGGGCCGGACCUCGGUGAAUCUGCGCAUACGAAGGACCCAGCACUCAGUCCUGUCUCGGAAGUUCGUGGAAGUCAUAACGGAAUAUAACGAAGCGCAGACGCUGUUUCGGGAGCGAAGCAAGGGCCGGAUACAGCGGCAGCUGGAGAUCACCGGGAGGAUGACCACCAACGAGGAGCUCGAGGAGAUGCUGGAGAGUGGGAGGCCGUCUGUCUUCAUCUCGGACAUCAUAUCGGACUCGCAGGUCACCAGGCAGGCGCUCAGCGAGAUCGAGGCGCGGCACAGGGACAUCCUGACGCUGGAGGACAGCAUCCGCGAGCUGCAUGAGCUGCUCACGGACAUGGCCGUGUUCGUCGAGACCCAGGGCGAGAUGGUCAACAACAUAGAGAAGAACGUCAUGAAUGCCGCCGACUAUGUCGAACACGCCAAGGAAGAGACCAAGAAGGCCGUCAAAUACCACAGCAAAGCAAGAAGGCAACAACGUUGUCAUAGCAACUGUCUCCCAAGAGCCGUUUGUCCUCGGAGAUCCAGACCAUAUCUGCAGCGAAAUCCACGUCCUCCGUUUCCCGAGGGAGCCGUGGACACUGAUUGGCGCCGGGUGCCGGCUGCUGUGACGGGCUCGAAGGGGGUGCCGGGCAGCGGUCGGUGAGAGCACCGUGCCCAGUGGGAGGGGGGAGCUGGCCCGGGAGCCUCAGCCGCAGAACAUGCCACGCUGAGUUCGCGGUGUGGAACUAUUCCGUGGCCUCAGGGUGAGGAAUUCCUGAGCAUUUCAGUUUAAAUAUGUCAGUGUUAAAAUGUAUGUGAAGUUCAAUUAGGACCACGUUGUGCUCCGAAGCGCUUGGACUUCACUAUGAUCCCUCCCUCCAGCCGAUGUAUCUAAUGAACAGACUUUUGUACUGUGUUUAAUUGGUGUUUGUUUCUUACUUGCAAUAAUUCUUUUAUAACAGCUGUUUUGUAAGCUAUCUAUAACUUAAAAUGUUAAUGAAUUAAUCGUUUAACAUAUUGUUAACACCCUAACCUACCCCGCUUUUCUACUCAGGAAAUGGAGCUUUACGUGGUCAGGGCCAUGUCUGUGCAGUUGUUGACAGCGUGUGCCACCAGCUAGGAACCUCUGGCUGCAAGGCCCCCUCAGCCCCCCAGCGCCUCCUGUUAAUGCCGACUGACAAAGCUGGGAUGCGCCUGGCACCUUAGGAAAGUCCCGGGUCUUGCAUUUAGCUCCAUUCCCACCUGUUCCGCUACUCCAGGUAAUAAAUAGUUGC